AUGUUUGAGGACUGGAUUUACAAGUAUCUACCAAGAACAUUUUGUGCCCUAACUUUCUUGGUGAAUCCUAUAUUUAUUUAUCUGAUUUUCUCAGAAAAGUCUUCAAAGUUUGGAAACUAUCGAUAUUUGUUGUUGUAUUUCGCUAUUUUCAACCUUCUUUAUUCAAUCAUGAAUGUUUUGGUUCCACUGGACAUUCAUACCUUCGGCUACUCAUUUUUCUUGAUUGUCAGACACGGCUGGUUUCAAACUGAAGGAAAUAGUUCUCAACUGAAUUUCCAUAUGCUCAUUGCUCGUACUUCCUCUGUAUCGUCUAGCUACGCAGUUUUAAUGAGUCACUUCAUUUAUCGAUAUCUUGUGAUCAGUGAUUCAAGUUUAACAAGACAUCACUUCCAUUGGUUUAUGACUGGAUCCGUUUAUAUGUUGUUUGCAUAUUUUUCUGUGUGGCACGCAACGUGUUAUUUUCCCGGCAAAGCAAAUUCGGAACUUCUCGAAUAUGUUAGUGAAGAUUUUCAAGAAAAUUUUGGAAUGGAUUCAAGGAAUUUGAAUGUGAUUGGAACACUGUUUAGCGUAGGAUCUCACGAAACUACCCUACGGGCAUGGACGGCUAUGUCGAUUUGGUCAACAAUUUCUAUUGCAUCAAUCAUAACAUUUUUCGUGAUGGCUGGACUUGUUAUGCGAAAACUCAGGAAAAUGACUGUGAGAACAAGCCAAAAGACAUCACAAUUUCAAUUUGAGCUCCUCAGAGCUCUAAUUGUUCAAACGGUCACCCCAAUCUGCUUCAGUUUCUCACCGUGUCUACUAUGUUGGUAUAGCCCAAUAUUUGGAAUCAAGCUAGACAGAUGGUUGAAUUAUCUCGAAGUGACCGCUUUAGGGCUGUUCUCUUUCAUGGACCCAAUUGCAAUUAUUCUGUGUCUUCCCAUAUUUCGUUACAGGAUUUUCAACGUCAUUAAUUGUAUUGCAAGAGCCUGUGCCAAAAAUCAAUCAGAUAACGAUUCGAAACGAGAAAAUUCAACUCAAACAAUUAAUUUGCGGAAGGCAAUUUCUAUUCAUUGA